CCUUUAUAAUACUGAUUUAAUGACAACUUGGGCUACGCCCAUGGGCUCUCGUGAGAGAGGGCGAGACUGGACGGCGCUUCGUGCGGUGUUUCCGCAAGGUCGAGGCUGGCUACUUUCAAGAGUAGCCCAAGGCUUGGUCGUGGAUGCUAGCGGGGAGUCCACGGCUGUGCGCGCGUUCAGUCGCACUGGUGCGGGUAAAUAGAACCGUCCAUGACAUGGAAAAACCCAGUUAGAGCGAGUUUCAAAUAACCAGUUGCAAGAAAGACGUCUUUCAAGUUGUAGACACGGCGGC